AUGGAAAAAGAUAAAGAUGGUGAUCGAAAACAAGAAGAAACUUCACCUAUGAAAUCACCUAGAACACCACGUCGAUUUUAUAGACGAAGUCAAGGUCAAUCUUCACGGAGUACACCAUACCAGCCUGUACCAUGGCAAGGUACACCACGGCAGUCUAGAACACUUCGAACGAUUCAGAUUGAAACGUCACAGUCUGAGUCGUCGCAAUCUGAAUGGCAUACUCCACCGUCGGGAUCUGAAAUAGAUCCGUCUGAAACGUUACAAUCUAACAUACAACGGGCUGGACCAUCGCAGACUGUACCACAACCGUCUACACCAACACAGCGAUCUAUACCACUACAGUAUUUACCAUGGCAAUCUGCGCCACAGCAGACUGUAUCACGGCAGUUUGCACCACCGCAGACUCUACAAUGGCGGUCUGCACCACCGCAGAUUAAAUCACGGCGGUUUACACCAUUGCGGCCUAGAUCGCGGCAACCAUGGCAGUAUACACCAAUGCAUUCUCAUCGAUGGCAGCAUCCAACGUGGCACCCUGCAACAAUGCAGCCCGAACAAACUGCAAUAUGGCAGCAUGAAUUACAGCAAACUGAAGCAUGGCGGACUGUAAGAUACCAGCCUAGAAGACUAUUGCAGUCUCUAUCACAGCAGCAUGCACCAUCGCAACCUGAAGGAUGGCAGCCUCCACCACAACAAACUGAAGGAUGGCAGCAUCCAUCACAGCAAACUGAAGGAUGGCAGCAUCCAUCACAGCAAACUGAAGGAUGGCAGCAUUCAUCACAGCAAACUGAAGGAUGGCAGCAUCCAUCACAGCAAACUAAAGGAUGGCAGCAUCCACCAUACCAAACUGAAGGAUGGCAGCAUCCACCAUACCAAACUGAAGAAUGGCAACCUCCACCACAGCAAACCGAAGUGUGGCAACCUGGACCAUCGCAGCCUGGACCAUCGCAGCCUGGACCAUCGCAGCCUGGACCAUCGCAGCCUGGACCGUCGCAGCCUGGACCAUCGCAGCCUGGACCAUCGCAACCUGGACCAUCGCAGCCUGGAACAUCGCAGCAUGAAUCAUCACUGAUUGUAACAUAUGAGCCUGACGUAUCGCAGCCUGGACCAUCGCAGCCUGAAAGAUACUACCUUACACCGCGGCCAUCGAGGUCUAGAAUGCUGCGGCGUGGAUCAUCGUUAAGUAGAUUACAACAGUCUGAACGAGAGAGACCUGUACGACGAAGUCAAAGUUUAAAACGAGGAUAUGAAGAAGUAAAGGACUAUUCUACAAAAGUGAAGACUGAUAAGGAUUCUCCUCCUUAUAAACGACCGACAAAGCAAAGUAGAAUAGGAACAGAAGAAGAGACUUGUAAAUUCGACAAUACUUGUAAAGAAAUUACACUUCUGGCAAAUUAUUUCAAGGUACUAUCUCCUGUAAACUGGACUCUUUAUCUAUAUAAUGUUGAAUUUACUCCACCAGAAAAUCGUGUCUAUAUGCGUAAAGGUUUAAUUAAACUUUAUAAAAAAUCAUUUAAUGUAUUUAUUUAUGAUGGUCAUGUACUAUAUUUACAUGAACGUUUACCUAAUAUGACUCUCCCAACAAAAAAAACAUCUGAUGAUGAAGAUGUUACAGCAAGUAUAAGAUAUAUUGGAAUAGUGGAUACAAGGGAUCGACAUUAUUUGCAAUUUUUCAACAUAAUAAUGAGGAAAUGCUUAGAACAUUUAAAGCUACAAUUGGUUCGUCGUAAUUAUUAUGACCCAAUAGAUAAAAAACGAAUUGAUCACUAUAAAUUGGAAGUGUUGUCAGGUAUCUUCACAUCUAUUAGACAACAUAAAGAAAACAUUCUUAUGUGCGUGGAUAUAACUCAUAAAAUUAUGCGUCUGGAUACACUUUUAGACAUUUGGUAUAAUUGUAAAAGAAAAAAGUCGGACAGUAAAACAAAAAUUCAACAAAUGUUUUGUGAAGAAGUCAUAGGAUGUAUUGUACUUACUGAUCACAACAACAAUACGUAUCGGAUCAGGGACGUUGAUUUCACACUAACUCCAAUGGAUACAUUUAUACUAUCAAAAACGGGAGAAUCCAUAAGAUUUAAGGAUUACUAUCAGAAUAGAUAUAAUAUAACUUUAAAAAAAAUAAAACAACCUAUGCUCCUUGCAGAAGGGAAACAAAAAACACGUAAUCUACCAAGUCAAAGGGAAAACUUAGUUUAUUUAAUUCCUGAAUUGUGUCGUGCAACAGGUUUGACGGAUAGUAUGCGAAAAAACUUUAGUAUGAUGACAGCAUUAUCUUUACAUACACGAAUUGUUCCUGAAAAGAGAAUUAAAAAAUUAAUGGCAUUUAAUAAAAAGCUUCAUGAUAAAUCAGAAGCUCUAAACGAAUUAAAGCAAUGGGACUUACAAUUAGAAAAUAAAUUGGUUGAAAUACAAGGACGUAAAUUACCUAUGGAACAGAUAUGUUUUCAUGAUAAUGAUAAUAUAUAUGCAGGAGAACAAGGAAAUUGGAAAAUUAAUCCUUUAGUUUCUACUAUAAAAUUGGAUAAAUGGAUGGUACUCUGUGAGACUGAAUGUAGAGAUAAGUGGCAGGAAUUCUUGGAAAUUCUUAAAUUUGAAGCAAAAAAAAUGAGAUUUGAAAUAUCAUAUCCAAAUAUUUCUUGUUUUAAGACAGAAAUAGAUCUUAAUAUGGAGAUAGAGAAUGUCGCAAAGGCAACUGCUUUACAAUUAGUUGUUUGUGUUGAUUCGAAGAUUUCUUAUAAUAACUAUACUAUUCUAAAAAAGAAAUGUUGCGUUGACCGGCCAAUCCCAUCACAGAUGAUUAUUAUGAAGAAGAGGAAAGCAAAUUUGUUGUUAUCUAUAGCUAGGAAAAUAGCUAUUCAAAUAAAUUGUAAACUUGGUGGAGCUCCGUGGUAUGUCAAUAUACCACUUAAGGGAUUAAUGGUGAUUGGUUUUGAUGUUUGUCAUGAUAAACGUAGGAAAGAUUGUGAUUUUGGUGCUACAGUUGCUUCUUUAGAUAGUAACUUAAGCAGAUAUAUUAGUGCUGUAAGUAAACAUAAAAAAGAGGAGGAAUUAUCCAACGAUAUAGCUAGUCAUAUUUGUAAGUUUAUAUCAGCAUAUCUAGAUAAUAAUGGCAAUAGAUAUCCUGAAUAUAUUAUAAUUUAUCGCGAUGGUGUUGGCGAGGAUCAACUAGAAUUAGUUUAUAAUCACGAGGUAAAAAAAAUAAAGGAGAAACUUGAUGAAAUAUAUAAAGACAUGCCAAUAAAGAUGGCUUUUAUAAUCGUUACUAAACGGGUGAAUACUCGAAUUUUUUAUAACGAUGAUAAUCCGCCAUGUGGUACAGUUGUGGAUAGCGUGAUUACUAGUGCAGUAAAACGUGAUUUUUUUAUCGUAUCCCAACACGUUCAACAGGGUACUGUUACGCCAACAUUGUAUACUAUAAUUUACGAUACUCUUGAUCUCAAUAUCGAAAUGAUUCAACAACUCACAUACAAGCUCACCCAUAUGUAUUACAACUGGGCCGGUGUUAUAAGAGUACCAGCUCCUUGUCAAUAUGCACAUAAGCUUGCAUAUUUAGUAGGUGUAUAUAUACAUCAAGAACCAAACGUUGACAUGGAGAAUCUUUUAUAUUAUUUGUAAUUUCGAAUCUCCAUUUCUAUUAUUUAUAUAAGAACACACAGUAUACGUAUAACAUAUAUACAAUAUGUGUGUAAAAAUUAAUGAGAUUGGUUCUAUAAAAAUAUUUAUAGAUUACUUAAUGAAAAAUAUACAUUAUCGUCUUUAAAAUAGUUACUCCGACAAACUAUGCACCAUCUAAGGCAUUGCUCCCAUUUCUAGAAACAGUGCUGGAAUUUUUUUACUGGAACUGCUUUCAAUCGAUUCAUUUACUUGAACGUCA